GUCUCUCCUCUGCCGAAAAGCAGGCGUGACUGCCGCAAACAGAAGAUUACCGCGAGAGGGGUUCGAGAAUUCACUCUCAUCCGAAAGGUUUGACUUAAAUUCCAAAAUAGUCCGACGAUGAGUGGAGCUAUGAACUUCAAAAACUGCGGGGCAGUGUUGGUAACGGGAGCCAAUCGGGGGCUCGGGCUGCAAAUGGUUGAGAGCCUUGCUAGUGGUGAUUUCUCUCCACGCAAGAUUAUAGCCACGACCAGAAAUGUCGCUGUCGCUAAGACGCUUCAGGAGCUGGCAGGAAAGUAUUCAAACAUACACGUGCUACCUUUAGAUGUGGUGAGUCAGGAAAGCAUUGAGAAGUGUGCAGAGGAGGUGGACCUGCUGCUACAAGGAGACGGGCUGAACUGCCUGAUCAACAACGCAGGAAUCAACGUGCUGGCUGACUUUCACUCUGUCACUGCAGAGAAGAUGAUAGAAAACUUCCACACCAAUGCCGUGGCUCCUCUAAUGAUUACCAAGGCCCUCCUGCCUCUGCUGAAACGAGCUGCGGACGGAAAAGCAGCGGACGGCGUGAUGGGCAUCCAGAGGGCGGCAGUUAUCAACAUCACCGCCCUGCUGGGCUCCGUGGAGCUCAACUGGGGCGAGCUGGCCAACACCUGCAAAUGGUACCCCUACAGGACCUCCAAGUGUGCCCUGAACAUGGUCAGCCGCUGCAUGGCUGUAGAUUUGGAGCCGGAAGGGAUCCUCUGCACGGCGAUCCAUCCCGGCUGGGUGCGCACUGACAUGGGCGGGACGAUGGCUCCACUGAGUCCUGAGGAGAGCGUCUCCUCUGUCUUGUCUUUGACUGGUGGGCUGACCGAAAAGGAUCAUGGGUCAUUCCUGAACCUCACAGGGGAGCAGUUGCCAUGGUGACCUGUUAUCCAGUCAUUCCAGCUUUCUGACAGUUCAGAUUGUUUACAUUUUCUUUUGUGUUGUAUUAUUUUACUACCAGGAAGUUACUUCAAACAAGAACAACAUAUUUGAACUGUCAUUAAAUACAUUUUAAUGCAGCUCUUUCCAGCAAAAAACACUUUAAUUAGUUUUCAUUAGUCAGCACCCAGGGGGUUAAAAAGCUUGUUUUUUUAUUUUUUAUGACUGAUAAUGUAUGUUAAGCUGAAUGGGAAAAUGCAGAAACAUUUUCACAACCAAGCGUUUGAAUUUAUUUUUUUCUGUUACAAAACUGUAAGACCUAUACAGUUUUGUAAUUUAUAAAGGGGACAAAAAUGUUUUAAAGAGCUAACAUGAAAUAUUUUAUGUAAAUCUUUAGUGAUUGAUGUUAAAAAUGUUACAUCUUUGCCUUAAAAGCAUUAAUAAAAGUUUGAAUAGCAAUGAAAA